AUGUCGCUCCUUCCCGCGCUGUGUUAUCAGUCACACUCACAUCCCCUUCGUUCCCAUCCAUCGCCCGUGUGUCCCGCUGUGCCCCGCCGUGCCUUGCCUGCCGCGUCUCUGCGAAGCUCCAACCCAUUGAUUGCUCCAGAUCGCUCCUCUCCGCUUCUUCAAUGCACGUCUUCCCUCGCUGCCCUUCGCCUGACUCCACCUCCUACCUUCCCUGCUCUCUGUCCCGCUCCCCGCUCCACUCGCCCCCACCUCGUCUCAAUCUCCUCUCCAACCGUUUUUCCGCCCCCGUCCCCGACUCAUGCCACCCUGCGUCACACUGCUGUCUCCGCAUUUUUGCUGCCGCUGCCCUACCCAUCAGGCCCUGCACCUGCCACUCUCCUGACUCUCCCAAUCCCUCCCCUCUCCGCCUCUCUCCCCUCUCUCCCCCCUCUCCCACUCUCUCCCCACUCUCCCACUCCCUCCCCUCUCUCCUUGCUCUCCCCUCUCUCCGUUCUCUCCCAUCUCCCCUCUCUCCCGUUUUUCCCUCCUCUCCCCUCUCCUCCUUCUCUCCCCUCCCUCCCGCAUCCAACCCCUGUCCCCGCCCUUCAGCCACCCACUGCAGCAGCUGCCCCCUCCCUCACACCCGCCGCCCUGAGAACGCCCCUCGGUGCUGGGAGGUGCGACGCGGGUGGUGACGCCAUGCCUGACGUCAGCAGCAUGUGUGACGUCAGCCUGCUGCAUUGGCGGUGGAGGAGGGAGGGAGAGCGAGUGAGGGAUGUGUGGAGGGGAGGGAGAAGAAGGGGAGAGAGAGUGGUCACGAGGGAAGGAGAGAGAGAAAGUGGUGGUGCUGACAUUGAUAGUUUUGGUGAUGAUGGGAGCAGCGGUGACAGUGAUGAUUGCAGUGCGAGUGAUGGUGAUAGCGAUAGUGGCGAUCGUGCUGGCAGUGAUGGUGGUGCUGGCGGUGGCAGUGACUGGGCGGGUGUGUUGACUGCUGGGAAGCUCUUGAACCCAACCCAAGUCAUCACCCGCAUCGCCCCUCUGCUCUCUCGCUCCUCCUCCUUUCCACUCCCACCCACCGCAGCAGCAGCAGCAGCAGCAGCAGCAACAGCUGCCACUUACCCAGCAGGAACAGCAGGCACACCCAUGCCAGCAGGCACAGCAGCGGCAACAGCAGCUGGCGCUGUUGACUCCAUCGACUCCCUUGAAGCCCGCUGUCUCGCGCUGCGCCUGAUUGGCUGCCUUGCUCCGCUGGCUGCUGACGUGGCACACGUGCAGGAGUUGGUGGUGCGGGCGGCGAUGGAAGCAGAGGGACAGCAGGAGGUGAGCGAGGGGAGCAGGGGGAGGGGGAGAAAGAGGGGAAUAAGGGGGAGUAGGAGGCCUUGCUUGCUCUUCGCUUUGUGGUGUUCUCACUACACCCCCCCCCCCUCACUCCUUGUACCUCGCCCAUCUCGCACCUCCUCCUGCUCCGCUUCAAAUAGCCGCCUGUCCUCCUCCCCCUUUGUUUUGCGCUUUCCUCCUCGCUCCCCUCUUCCUCCCUUACCUCAACCCGGUGCUUCCCUCUCCACGCUCCCCUCCUUAACUCCUAGCUCCAUCACUCUCUCUCUCUUCACAGCUCGCGUCGUGUCCUCUGCCGUGUCUUCCCACCCCAAGCCCCACGCAGCUCUCUUUGCUGCCACACUCUUUCAUCAGCGCCACGCAGCUCUCUUCGCGCUCACCUUCCUCUGCGACGUCUCUCCACCCUUCGCCCUCCACACUCUCCCCCUCCUCCUCUCCCUCGCUCUCCCCGCCUCCCCACCGCCACCCCUGCCCCUCUCCCUCACAUGCCAUCUGCACCGCUCCUCACACCCACGUCUCCCGCAGCAAACCAAGCAGCCUGGAGUGAGAGGAAACGCAGACAGGAGUCAAGCAGAGGCGGACGAGCAUGUGGCGGGGAGGCGGCAGCAGCAACCACCUGAUGACUCGCCAGCUGCCCUUGCACCGUUGCACCCAUACUCGUUCGCCCACUCCCUGUCUCCACCACACACACUCCUACCACUGGCCAUGCACACGCCCCUUGUAUCAUCCUCCUCCCACAUGCCACGUGUCAGCAGCCCAUUGGCCCGGUGGAAAGGGGGUGACGAGGGGGAGGAGGGGGUGCGCGUGCGAGUGGCAGCAGUGGUGGUGAAAUGCCUGGCGGGGCACGAGGAGAGGGCUGUGAGGCGCGUGGCAUGGCAGGUGGCAGUCUGCCUGCUCUCUGCCUUCCCCUGUGCCCCGUGGUCCCUGCUGCUGCGAUCAUGGGUGUGCGCGCUGCAAGCACAGCUCGGCUGA